AGGGAGCGCGGGAAAUCCCGAGUGCUGCUGGAAUCCCGCGGGCCGGUGGGACCAUGGCCACUUCUUCGGUGUCCAAGGGUUGUUUUGUGUUUAAGCCAAACUUCAAGAAGAGAAAGAUCUCUGUGCCAGUAGAGGACUAUUUUAAUAAAGGGAAAAAUGAGUCUGAGGACAGUAAGCUUCGAUUCGAAACUUAUCAGUUGAUAUGGCAGCAGAUGAAAUCUGAAACUGAGCAACUACAAGAGGAAUUAAAUAAGAACCUAUUCAGUAGUCUAAUUGAAUUUCUGCAACAGUCUUAUUCUGGAUUCCAUAAGAAUUCAAGAGACUGGGGCUGUCAAAUAAAACUCAGAGAAAUUCCAACUGCUGCUCUUAUUCUAGGUGUGAAUGUAACUGAUCAUGAUUUAACAUUCAGAAGUCUAACAGAAGCCCUUCAGAAUAAUGUCACUCCAUAUGUAGUCUCAUUGCAAGCUAAAGAUUGUCCAGAUAUGAAACAUUUUUUGCAAAAGCUGGUCUCAAAGUUGAUGAACUGCUGUGUAGAUGAGGAAUCCAAAGAGGAAAGUAUUCAGGUCACCCAGAAAAAGACAUUUUGUUCAAUGGAUUCUCUUUCCAGCUGGUAUAUGAGUGUCACACAGAAGACAGAUCCAAAACUGCCAAGGAAAAAGAGGACUUCGUCUAGCCAAUGGCAGUCUCCUCCUGUUGUGCUUAUCUUAAAGGAUUUGGAAAGCUUCACCACAAAAGUACUCCAGGACUUCAUAAUUAUCAGCAGUCAACAUCUACAUGAAUUUCCACUAAUACUCAUUUUUGGAAUUGCCACGUCUCCUAUUAUCAUCCAUCGGUUGCUUCCUCAUGCAGUAUCAUCUCUGUUGUGCAUAGAACUUUUCCAGUCUCUGUCCUGCAAGGAGCACCUGACUACGGUACUUGAUAAGCUACUUCUUACAACUCAGUUCCCCUUUAAACUAAGUGAAAAAGUGCUACAGAUUUUGACCAACAUCUUUUUGUAUCAUGAUUUCUCAAUUCAAAACUUUAUAAAAGGACUUCAGCUUUCUCUAUUAGAACAUUUCUACUCUCAGCCCCUCAGUGUCCUAUGCUGUAAUCUCUCGGAAGCCAAGAGAAGAAUAAAUUUUUUAUCAGAAAAUCAAUGUGAAAACAUCCGACGUCUUCCAUCAUUUAGGAGGCACGUGGAAAAGCAAGCUUCAGAAAAGCAAGUUGCACUAUUGACCAAUGAGAGAUUUUUGAAGGAGGAAAUACAAUCAUUACUAGAAAACUUACAUGUUUACCAUACAAAUUACUUCCUGGUUUUGAGAUGUCUUCAUCAGUUCACCUCUUCUCUUCCCAAGUACCCAUUGGGUCGACAGAUCAGAGAGCUGUACUGCACUUGUUUAGAAAAGAACAUAUGGGAUUCAGAGGAGUAUGCAUCAGCUUUGCAGCUGCUGAGGAUGUUGGCAAAGGAUGAACUGAUGACCAUACUUCAGAAAUGUUUCAAGGUUUUUAAGUCCUCUUCUGAAAAGCAGCUUGGGAGCACAGCAAAGAGGAUAGAGGAGUUUCUGGCCCAGUUUCAGAGUCUUGAUGCAGAAGCCAAAGAAGAAGAAGAUACUUCAGGGCUACAGUCAAAGGGGCUUCAGAAGACAGACCUUUAUCAUCUUCAGAAGUCCUUAUUGGAAAUGAAGGAAUUAAGAAGAACCAGUAAGAAGCAGACCAGGUUUGAAGCACUCAGAGAAAAAGUUGUCAACUUCAUUGACAGUCUGGUGAGAGAAUACCUUCUGCCUCCAGAGACACAGCCUCUGCACGAGGUGAUGUACUUCAGUGCCGCCCACACCCUGCGUGCGCACCUGAACGCUGCUCCCAGAAUCGCCCUCCACACUGCACUCAACAAUCCUUAUUAUUAUCUCAAGAAUGAAGCACUGAAAAGUGAAGAAGGCUGCAUUCCAAAUGUCGCCCCGGACAUCUGCAUAGCAUAUAAACUGCACCUCGAGUGUAGCAGGCUAAUCAACCUUGUGGACUGGUCAGAGGCUUUUGCAACAGUUGUGACAGCUGCUGAAAAAAUGGAUGCAAAUUCUAUAACCUCAGAAGAAAGGAAUGAAAUUAUCCACCUCCAGUGCUCGAUUUAUUAGAGCUGUUUCCGAACUAGAACUUUUAGGAUUUAUAAAACCUACCAAACAGAAGACUGACCAUGUGGCAAGGCUAACAUGGGGAGGCUGCUAGAAAGCAAAAAGGACACCAGUCAUAUUUAUAAACCACCAUGAGACUGUUGGCGAGAAAUGUAUAAUCCUUGUGUGAUGCUUCACCACAAAUAGACUGCUCACCACAAACAGGAACAUAUCAAAAUACCUUUGGAGUACUUUAGAAUCCAACAAAUGAUAUGCUUACAUUUUAACUAAAACCUCUCGCACAUUAUCACUGCAGUUUUCAGUCAUUUCUAAAUUAUAAAUGUUCUUGAGCACACAUAGUUUAUAAAUGUAAUAAAUUCCUUUAUCCAGGAGUAUAAAUUCUUUGCAGUUUGUUUAAUAGUACUCAUUACUGCUCCCUCAGUUUCUUGAACUGGCAUUCCUCCCUUUAGUAAAUUGUGUAGUAAGUAAAAUGAAUAUUCUACAGGUUUAUUUCUCCUAGUGACUAGAGGUUCUAAAACUGCCUCUGCUGUCCCAUUUCCUUUAGUCUGAAAAAAAUUUUAAAUCCCAAGCUCUUUGGCUUUAUGCUUAAAUACAGUAAAUAUUCUACUUUAGAAUGACCCAUCAUGGAGUUGUAGAGCCUGUAAGAUCUUUACAAAUCACAUCUCAAUCUUAGGAUAUCCAACUGAGGAAAGUAAAGUCCAAAUAGAAUGACAUCCGGAUCUCUUCCAUAACAAGAACUCAAGACAGUGAAACAAAGCUACCCCGAGUUCAUUAUUUAAUGUUCUACUCCCAUGAGAGUUCUGGGACAUAUCUUUAAGAGUAUUCACUUACCAAAAUUACCAUGAAGAUAACGACCACAAGGGGGAAAAAAUCAAAUUCAGUAGAAACUCGCUUGUUUCACAAACCUUAGUACGAACUAUGUAAUUAUAGGCCUUUUUUGUGUGUGCUGAAGUCAAUUUUAAUGUAGAAGUAAUUAAAUUUUAACAUAAAGACUUUUUUUUAAUGUUAUUUGAGAGAGAGCACACACUUGCACACAAGCGGGGAGAGGGGCACAGAGAGGGAGAAUCCUAAG